GCUCAGAGGUUUGUAGCAAGCUUUCCAAGGACGCGACAUGGCAACGUCGGCAAAGAAGAUUUUCGAGUUGUUUGUUUCUAAAGUACCAUGGACCCUUUCAAGCAAGGAGAUGAAGGAGUACUUCGGCCAAUUUGGUCAAGUCAAGAAAUGCCUCCUACCCUUUGACAAGGAGACAGGGUUCCAUAGAGGCUUCUGCUGGAUUGGUUACACGUCUGAGGAAGGCCUGCAAAACGCUCUCCAGAAAUACCCUCAUACAUUGGAGGGAGCAACGGUAUUGCUUAUUAGACUAGAUAAUGCCAACCCCAUUGCCUAUGAUUUGAUGGUAUACCCCAAACUGUCUAACUAAAGAAUUAGUGUGUUCUUUGUACAGGAUGUGUAUAAAUUCUUUCAUUUAGUUUGAAAGCCAAUUUGGGUGGUUUUACACAAAUACAAGUUGUCAGUGUUCUCUUUCUCCCAUUAUCUCUUUUCAGCUCCAAGUUCAAAGAAACCGAAAAGUAUUUGUGGGACAGAAGACAAAUAAAGAGGUGCCGGAGGAAAGCUAAAGGGGCGUGUAUCAGAUUUUUGUAUAUAUGAGGGAAUGAAUCAAAUAAUCUACAGAAAGAAUACUAGGCCAUCAAUCAGUUGGAUAUUCAGCGUGUGAUGUCUUUAUUUAUUGAAAUGUCUAAUGAUUUUUUUUUUCAUUCCUGCAAAAUGUUCAUUUUGCUGUAAAUAAAUUCAACAGCUGAGAUG